AUGUUAGACUCAGAAAUUCACGAACUCAGCGACGGGGAGCAAGGAGGCGUGCAGAAAGGGUCUAAGAAAAUGGCGGAAUUGAAGGCGUUGAGAGGCAGCACCAAAGGCAACAUCACUCGCAUAAAAUCAAUGAUUUUGAAAAAAGGGUCAAGUUUGUCAACAGAAGAACUUAACUGCAGGCUUAGUUUGACAGAAAAUUACUUCAAACAGUUUCUGAGUGUGCAAGCAGAUAUCGAUAAACUAAACCAAGGUGCAGAUACUUCUUCAAGCGAAGCAAUUACAGCAGAAGUUGAAGAUGCAUUUGUGGCCACGAAAGCAAAAAUAAUGAGUUUACUAAAAAAAAGAAAGCUAUCACUGGUAGAUGUCAAUGCAACGAAUACAACAUCGUUAUUGCCGGGCCCAAGAAGUCAUCGGGAAGUAAAAUUACCGAAAUUUGAAGGGAAGUAUAGCGAAUUUCCGAAAUUUAUAGCCUUGUUUAAUAAAUUAAUCAACCAGGAUGAAAUGCUUGAUGACUGUGAACGAUUUUUGAUACUUAAAGAGCACUUGGGCUCUAAGCCGCUGGCAGCUAUUGACGAUUUUGAUGUCACAGAGGACAAUUACCCCAAAGCACUCGAUCGAUUGAAGGAAUGCUUCGAUAAAAAGGCGUUGAUAAAUGUAUUAAAUGCAGCGAAUGCACAUUUGAAUGCAAUGCUAUCAUUAGGUGAUUACAAAGAUAUAGCGAAUGCCAUGUUAAUUCAUUUGGUGAUGGAAAGAGUGGACGAAGAUUCGCAGGUCAAAUGGGAAGAAUCAGUGGAUUACAGGAAGCUGUCAACUUGGAAUGAAUGUUCAGCAGUUUUGACGAGGCGAUGUGAGAACCUUGAGGCAAGGGAACAUAAAGUUAAUCAAGUGAAUUCAAAGGCUGUAAACUAUCAAAAAGAGUAUAGAAAUAACCGCAACUACUCAACCUCUCUUGCAGUUACAAAACCUUUAUGUGAAGUCUGCAAUGGCAGUGGCCACGAGAUUGCAGAUUGUAGCAAGUUUAUAAAGCUUUCUUUAAAAGAACGCUUUUUCGUAGCACGGAGAAUAAAGGUAUGUUUUACAUGUUUAAAAAGGGGACACCUUCAAAAAGAAUGCUCUGCUGUUAAAUGCUCGAAAUGUAAUUUAUCUCAUCAUCAACUUUUACAUAAAGAUUAUAUCUUGGAGCCAAAUGAACAAAGAUGCAAAAAUGGGCCAUCUACGUCAACACAGGAGACAGCUCAGUCAUCAGUUAUGAACGUAAUGACUGAAAACGAGGUUUUUUUGGCAACAGCAGUAGUAAUGGUAGCGGACAAGUUUGGCAAAUAUCACCAAAUGCGAGCCAUAUUAGAUUCUGGCUCUCAAGUAAAUUUGAUGUUCAGUCUGCAAUUUUAUGUUUUACCGAAAAUAACAAGCUCCAAACCUAAUCGUUAUGUCGAUGUUGCGGACUGGAAUUUACCAAAAAAUAUUCAAAUGGCUGAUCCAAUGUUCAAUAAGCCAGCGCGUAUAGAUAUUUUAAUUGGUGCGGAAAUUUUCUUCGAUUUGUUGUCGAUUGGACGAAUUUAUCUUAAUGAAAGGUUGCCAACCCUACAGAAAUCCAUACUAGGGUGGAUAGUUGCAGGCAAAGCAGAAGAAUGUUUAGCGCCUAGUCAUAAAAUAAAUAAUAUGCUGGUCAAUCACAACCAUAAUGAGAAUGAAAACUUGAGUCAAUUGGUUGAAAAAUUCUGGAAAAUAGAACAGAUUUCAACUAAAUCAAAUUUUUUAACCGAAGAAGAAGAGGAAUGCGAGAAAAUUUUCCGUGAAUCAAUUCGUAGAGAUACAUCUGGCCGAUUUAUUACGAAAAUUCCAUUUAAAACAACAGUAAGUGAUUUGGGUGGUUCCUAUAAUGCUGCCAAACGACGGUUGCUGUCACUAGAGCGUAGGUUGAGUAGAGAUCGCUCUACACGAGACGCUUACAACGCAUUUAUGGAUGAGUACCUCUCUUUAGGUCACAUGACGAUCGUUGAAGAAGCUGAUAUGGAUAAGAUAAAAUAUUUUGCACCGCAUCAGUAUGUGCUACGACCAGAUUCUACGAGUACGAAACUUCGAGUUGUGUUCGAUUGUAGCUGUAAAACUGACAGUGGCUUGUCAUUAAAUGAGGUAAUGAUGAAAGGACCACUGGUUCAAGAUGACCUGUUAUCUAUAAUACUGCGAUUUAGAUGUUACAAAUAUGCAAUUACGGCAGAUGUAACAAAAAUGUAUCGCCAAGCAUGGGUGACUGAUGAUGAUGCGAAUUAUCAAACGAUUUUGUGGAGGUCUUCCUCAGAUGAAAACAUAAAGGCCUAUCGCUUGCGAACCAUUACUUAUGGUACAACAUCUGCCCCCUAUUUAGCUACAAGAUGCUUAAAACAGUUAAGUGAAGAUUAUAUCGAUAAAUAUCCGAUUGGAUCGAGAAAGGUGUUAUCUGAUUUUUAUAUGGAUGAUUUGAUCAGUGGAUCAAAUGAUGAAGAUGAAAUUUUUGAAAUAUAUAAUCAAGUAUCAGCAAUAAUGAACUCAGCAAAAUUUAAGUUAAGGAAGUGGUUUUCAAAUAGUGAAAAAUUUCUUAAUUUCGUGCCUGAAGCUGAUAAAGAAAAGACUCUUCGGAUGAAUGAUGAGGAAAUAAUAAAAACUCUUGGUAUCAUCUGGGCUCCAGUGGGAGAUACGUUUCGAUACGUUUGGCCAGAUUUUGAUAGUUCGAAAGCGGUGACAAAAAGAAUAGUGUUGUCGGAACUAUCUAAGUUGUUUGAUCCCCUUGGGCUUAUUAACCCAUUAAUCGUAAAGGCGAAGAUUUUCAUGCAAGAUUUGUGGAUAUUGAAGGCUAAUUGGGAUGAAUCCCUACCAAUGAAUUUACAUAGUCAAUGGAUAGAAUUCCGCGAAAAUCUAAAAGACGUCAAGAAAAUAAGUGUGCCUCGAUUUGUUUUGGCAGAAAAACGAGUUGCUAGAGUUGAAAUGCAUGGAUUUGCUGAUGCAUCAAAAAGAGCUUUCGGGUGUUGUAUUUAUAUUCGCUCAAUAUGUGUGGACAACGACGUUACAAUGCAGUUGUGGAGUGCUAAAUCCAGAGUAGCGCCAUUAAAAACUUUAUCUUUACCAAAAUUGGAACUUUUGGCUGCGGAAUUGCUGUCGAAACUAGUGACAAAAACCAAAUCCAAUUUUCCAAUUUCUAUUGACGCGACCUAUUUAUGGGUGGAUUCCGAAAUUGUGCUAGAUUGGCUGAGCGAGCACCCAUCAAAUUGGAAUACAUUUGUUGCCAACCGGGUAUCAUUGAUUCAAGAGCAGACAAAAACGUUUAUUUGGCGGCAUGUUCCUUCAAAGUCUAACCCAGCGGAUAUAAUAUCAAGAGGUGCGUAUGUAGAUGAACUAUCUAAUUCUAUUUGGUUUGCAGGUCCUUCUUUCUUGAAGAGAGAUUGUUGUGAGUGGCCACCAAAUAAGUCUAGAAAGAAUACUAAUGCUGACCAAGAAAGGAGUCGUAAUAGUACGAUAAUGACUGAUAACUCGAAAUCUUCUUUUGUGACGUGGGUUGAAACCUUCAGCGAUUUUGAAAAAUUACAAAGAAUUUUUGCCAAUCUUCUUGGCUUUCGAAGAAGCGUUAAGUCUAUGACUGAAAGAUUAGAUGAAGCACUAGUGCGUAUAUUCUACUGUGUGCAACAACAUUAUUUCAAAGAAGAAAUUGAGCUGCUAUUGAAGAAUAGAGAAUUGCCAGCAAACAGUAAAUAUAAAAAUCUGAGCAUUUUUGUAGAAGAUACUUAUGGUGUUCCGCUACUACGUGUUGGUGGGAGAUUAGCGAAGGCUGCAUUACCAUAUGAUGCUAAACAUCAAAUUUUGUUACCGAAUAACUCAGAAAUAGUUUGCAGUUUUGUACGAUUUCUUCAUUUCAAAUAUUUGCAUGCUGGUACGCAAGCGCUUAUGGCUAUAGUUAGGCAGCGAUUUUGGAUAUUUCAUGCUAGAGGAGUAAUACGCAAAAUUACUGGUAGUUGUCUACAAUGCUUUAGAUGCCAUCCAAAAUUGAGUAAUCAGAUUAUGGGCGAUUUACCCUCUUCUAGAGUCACCGUAGCGAGGCCGUUCACUGUGACUGGAGUGGACUUUUGCGGCCCUAUUACAACAACGUAUCUACUUCGUGGGUACAGAACAACAAAAAGCUAUAUUGCUGUUUUUAUUUGUUUUGCCACAAAAGCUGUGCAUAUGGAGGUGGUCUCUGAUUUGACUGCAAAGGCUUUCCUGGCUUCAUUAAAAAGAUUUGUAGCUCGACGCGGCUUAUGCUUAAAAUUAUUUUGCGACAAUGCCACUAAUUUUGUGGGUACUCGUAAAGAGCUCGAGGAAAUGAAAUGCAAGUUUUUUGAUCAACAAGUACAGGGCAAGAUUUCAAAAUAUUGUACUGCCAAUAGUAUUGAAUUUCAUCAUAUACCACCCAGAUCCCCCCACUUUGGUGGACUAUGGGAAGCGGCUGUAAAAUCAGCAAAAUAUCAUUUGGCUAGAAUAUUGGGUCAAUCGCAUCUUACAUUUGAAGAGCUGGCAACAGUGGUUACGGAAGUAGAGGCAGUUUUAAAUUCAAGACCUUUGACAACCUUGUCUAACGACCCAAAUGAUGAAAGCGUUCUUACACCGGCACAUUUCUUAACAGGUGGUCCGUUGGUUGGAACUGUGGAACCUACUGUGGAUAGCGAAGAAUGGUCUCAUAAAGAUAGAUGGCUACGAAUUUCGGCCAUACAACAACAUUUUUGGAGAAGGUGGUCGGCGGAGUAUCUUCAUGAACUUCAACAGAAAGUCAAAUGGACUAAGAAGCAGAAGAACCUUAAUGAAGGUGAUAUGGUGUUAGUUGCAGAAGAAAAUUUGCCUUCUAAGCAAUGGCUUAUUGGGAGAGUGCUGAAAGUGACAAGAGAUGCUAAAGGUUGGGUUCGAGUUGCUGAUGUAAAAACAAAGAAUGGAGAGGUUCGCCGAGCAAUCCAUAAAUUGGCACCUAUUCCAUCUGAAUGUUGA